GACGGGAGAGAGAACAUAUAUAUUUGAAGAACAUGUCUGGUAGUUUCUAUUUCGUCAUUGUUGGCCACCAUGAUAACCCUGUCUUUGAGAUGGAAUUUCUGCCCCAAGGCAAAACAGAAUCCAAGGAUGAUCAUCGGCAUCUAAACCAGUUUAUAGCUCAUGCUGCUCUUGACCUGGUGGAUGAGAACAUGUGGAUGUCCAACAAUAUGUACCUCAAGACAGUUGACAAAUUCAAUGAAUGGUUUGUCUCUGCUUUUGUCACUGCUGGACAUAUGAGAUUUAUAAUGCUACAUGAUGUACGGCAAGAAGAUGGCAUCAAAAAUUUCUUCAAUGAAGCCUAUGAUUUAUACAUGAAGUUUGCAAUGAACCCAUUCUACGAAGUAAACUCCCCGGUACGGUCUACUGCAUUUGACAGGAAAAUACAAUUUCUGGGAAAGAAACACUUGUUAAGUUAAUAUAAGAGCAGUAAAACUAUGGUAAUUUACUCUCAUAAUGACUUUAUACAUUUGAGAUUCUGCAAAAUACUUCAUUCCAUGAACUGAAUCUGAAUCCUUAUUUGCAUAUGCAGAUUAGGGUAAGGAAGGUUUUUUUUUUUUUUUACUUAAUCGUUUGUGUGACAAAAUGUCAAGUGACUUUUAAGAUUCGGUUCAGUCAGGCACUUGGAUUCAUCUGAAUCCUGCUGAAAAGGGCUCUAUCCUGGAUUUGGUGCAUCCCUAAUUAAAAUGUAUAGUUUCCUUCUAAAUAAGCUACUGAAGUACUCAGCUGGAAAAUUAAGCAGACUGAAAUCUGGGCUUUAUAUAUUUUUUUUUACAGUAGCUAAAUAGACUGGAUACUGCUUAACACCAGAACAAGAAAUCGUGAGGUUUCUUUUUUAACAAUGAAAAGAAGGGUGUAAAAAAAUCCAGUGUACUGUUCUAUUGUUUUUAACAGUAUAACUAUAAAUGAACAGACAUAUGCAUUCAUAUCUUGCACUUUUACCAAUGUCUUCAUCUGCUAACAUUACUAGGAGGGUUAUUUACUAAAACUCGACUUUUUGACACUUUAUUUAAAAAAAAAAAUUCGAC